AAAACAUGUUUUGCUGCUUUGGUUUCAGUGGGCUUCUUCGGCUGCAACCGUGUGGUGUCGUCCAACUAUGUGCAGUGCUGCCUGUCUCCCGACGACGAGUUCCUGUUGAGUGGCUCGAGUGACGGCGACGCCUACAUGUGGCGCACCAGGCGUCCGGGCAGCCCAUGCUGUGCCCGCCUCAGUUUCAACGCCAACGAAGUCAAUGUGGUCGACUGGAGUCGUUCCAGUCAGACCAAGAUCGUCACCGGUUCGGACUUAUUUGAUACUGAGCCGGGUUGUUGUGGUGAUUCGUCACAAGAUCUGCUGGUGCUGCUUUGGAGGGUACCCGAUGAGCCAACCAAUGAUGAGUCUCAUGAGUGUUAUGAUUCUGAUGAGUCUGAUGAAUCUGAUGAGUGUUCCCCCUCCCAACCCAGCUAUGAGUUCGCCGCUAUCCAGUGGAUAGAGGACACUAAACAUGCGUCAAACAGAAGGUGCUUCAGAGCGUGCAGGCCGCUUGUCAAUAAACGCCCAGCAAUCACUGAAAUGAACUCGCCGACCGUCAACCUGCCCAACCACGUGAUCGACGGCACCUCCCCCCUCCACCGCUGCUCACCCCACUCCCGCAAGGAGAAGGAGAACCGCAAUUGGCUGUCUUCCUUGAAGAAGAAAACACCAUCUUCGCUUAACGCCAAAUCAACACCAUCCUCGCACCACGCCAAAACACCCUCCUCACUCAACCCGAAGUCUUUGCAAAUCAGGAAAUCGCAAAGCACCAGCAAGAAACCGAAGGCCUGCGGGAAUUUGUUGAAGUUUUUCAAGGCCGCCGCAAAAGAGGACACCCCUGGCGCUACGCCCCUACCGUUGGAUAGUGUGCCGGAAGUGGGCAAUUUUGCCGAGUCUUCGUUGAUGAACGGUGUCGCUAUGAUGGAUAUUUAACUUUCUACCGGUUAUUCAUUUUUUUUUUUGUAAAUUUUAUUGUAAGUUGGCAAUUUUGCCGAUGAAUUUUUAGCUUUCUACCGGUUUUUCGUUAAUUAUAUUGGAGGUUGCCAAUUUUGCCGAGUCUUUGCUGAUGUUCGGAAUCACUAUGAUGAAUAUUUAGCCUUCCUAUCGGUUUAUCGAAAUACCGUUUAUUCUUUUUUUUUGUAAAUUUUAUUGUAAGUUGGCAAUUUUGCGGAUGAACGUAGUCACUAUGAUGAAUAUUUAGCUUUCUACCGGUUUUUCGUGAAUUAUAUUGGAGGUUGCCAAUUUUGCCGAGUCUUCGCUGAUGUUCGGAAUCACUAUGAUGAAUAUUUAGCCUUCCUAUCGGUUUAUUGAAAUACCGUUUCUUUUUUUUGUAAAUUUUAUUGUAAGUUGGCAAUUUUGCCGAUGAACGUAGUCACUAUGAUGAAUAUUUAGCUUUCUACCGGUUUUUCGUUAAUUAUAUUGGAGGUUGCCAAUUUUGCCGAGUCUUCGCUGAUGUUCGGAAUCACUAUGAUGAAUAUUUAGCCUUCCUAUCGGUUUAUCGAAAUACCGUUUCUUUUUUUUUGUAAAUUUUAUUGUAAGUUGGCAAUUUUGCCGAUGAACGUAGUCACUAUGAUGAAUAUUUAGCUUUCUACCGGUUUUUCGUGAAUUAUAUUGGAGGUUGCCAAUUUUGCCGAGUCUUCGCUGAUGUUCGGAAUCACUAUGUUGAAUAUUUAGCCUUCCUAUCGGUUUAUCGAAAUACCGUUUCUUUUUUUUUGUAAAUUUUAUUGUAAGUUGGCAAUUUUGCGGAUGAACGUAGUCACUAUGACGAAUAUUUAGCUUUCUACCGGUUUUUCGUGAAUUAUAUUGGAGGUUGCCAAUUUUGCCGAGUCUUCGCUGAUGUUUGAAAUCACUAUGAUGAAUAUUUAGCUUUCUAUCGGUUUAUCGAAUUACCGGUUAUUAUUUUUUUUGUAAAUUUUAUUGUAAGUUGGCAAUUUUGCGGAUGAACGUAGUCACUAUGAUGAGUAUUUAGCUUUCUACCAGUUUUUCGUGAAUUAUAUUGGAGGUUGCCAAUUUUGCCGAGUCUUCGCUGAUGUUCGGAAUCACUAUGAUGAAUAUUUAGCCUUCCUAUCGGUUUAUCGAAAUACCGUUUCUUUUUUUUGUAAAUUUUAUUGUAAGUUGGCAAUUUUGCCGAUGAACGUAGUCACUAUGAUGAAUAGUUAGCUUUCUACCGGUUUUUCGUUAAUUAUAUUGGAGGUUGCCAAUUUUGCCGAGUCUUCGCUGAUGUUCGGAAUCACUAUGUUGAAUAUUUAGCCUUCCUAUCGGUUUAUCGAAAUACCGUUCUUUUUUUUGUAAAUUUUAUUGUAAGUUGGCAAUUUUGGCCGAUGAACGAAGUCACUAUGAUGAAUAUUCAGCUUUCUACCUGUUUUUCGUUAAUUAUAUUGGAGGUUGGCAAUUUUGCCGAGUCUUCGCUGAUGUUCGGAAUCACUAUGUUGAAUAUUUAGCCUUCCUAUCGGUUUAUCGAAAUACCAUUUCUUUUUUUUUGUAAAUUUUAUUGUAAGUUGGCAAUUUUGCGGAUGAACGUAGUCACUAUGACGAAUAUUUAGCUUUCUACCGGUUUUUCGUGAAUUAUAUUGGAGGUUGCCAAUUUUGCCGAGUCUUCGCUGAUGUUCGGAAUCACUAUGAUGAAUAUUUAGCCUUCCUAUCGGUUUAUCGAAAUACCGUUUCUUUUUUUUGUAAAUUUUAUUGUAAGUUGGCAAUUUUGGCCGAUGAACGAAGUCACUAUGAUGAAUAUUCAGCUUUCUACCUGUUUUUCGUUAAUUAUAUUGGAGGUUGCCAAUUUUGCCGAGUCUUCGCUGAUGUUUGAAAUCACUAUGAUGAAUAUUUAGCUUUCUAUCGGUUUAUCGAAUUACCGGUUAUUAUUUUUUUUGUAAAUUUUAUUGUAAGUUGGCAAUUUUGGCCGAUGAACGAAGUCACUAUGAUGAGUAUUUAGCUUUCUACCGGUUUUUCGUUUGUUUUCUAACUAUAUUGGAGGUUGGCAAUUUUGCCGAGUCUUCGCUGAUGUUCGCUGAUGAACGGAAUCACUAUGACGAAUAUUUAGCUUUCUAUCGUUUUUGCAUUCUUUAAAAUUGUAAUUGAGAUUGGUAUUUUUGCCGUUGAAUGCUGAUCUUCUGAUGCACGGAGUCACUGUGAUGGUUAUUUAUUCAUUUAAAUAUAUAAAUAUGUGGAGGCAAAAGGCAAACAGGUAAAACCCCCAAAGCUUGCCUCCUUAACACGUGUUACACAAUACAAUGUAAUAAAGAUAUAGCAACUUGAAAUGAAAACUUAUAUAUAAAAAAGUUAAAAUCAUAAUGAUAAACUAUAUUAUUAUUAUCAUAUAAAGUAUAUAUUUCGAAGUGAAAAGGAAAAAAUUAAAUGAAUGAAAAUAAUAUUAAUAAUUAUAAUCAUUUAGAAAAAAAUUAAUGUAGAUGAAAUUGAUAAUAUUUUGAUAAUCAGUACAGAAAAAAAUAAGAAAAUGAGUUGAUUUAUUAAUUAUUACGAUCUAAGAACUCGACUAUAUAUCUGAUAAAUAGAAUUAAAAAAAAAAAAUAAAAAAGAAGAUACUAAACUGGAAUGGCAAAAAUACUUUAGAAGUUAGAUACUGUAAUCAAUUCGGUUCUGAAGGAUUUGUAAAUGGCAAGAAUGGAGAAUAUUUAGCUUUCUACCGGUUUUUUGCGUUUUUUAUUUAAUUGUAUUGGAGGUUGGCAAUUUUGCCGAUGAUCGCCGAUGUUCGCUGAUGAACAGAAUUACUAUGAUGAAUAAUUUAACUUUCUACCGGGUUUUCGCUUUUUUAUUGUAUCAGUUGCUUUUACUUAGCUUAUUAGUAAUAUAGUGAGACUCAAUUUCAACUGAGAGGAUAGAAAGAAAGAAUGGAAUUUAUUAGGAAUACUGAAAGUUUUAAAUGAAUCUCACCAAAGUCAAUUAUUGAUCGUAUCAGUUGUUUGCACUGAAUUGCUGCCUCAAUCUGUAAACACACUUCCUACCUCUAGUUGAUAGUUAUUUACCUCAGUGCCUCAGUUCACUGAGGUGUGUUCAUUUAUUUAUUAAUUCAUCAUAAUAUUUUUAUGGGUUAAACAAUCUGUAACGUCACCAAUCGUCAUGCAGUACAAUAAGAAAAACAUACAAUUUAUACACUCGAAGAUGGAUGAUGAAAAUAUUUAUAAAAAAUAGAUAAAAUAUAAUAAAAUUAAUAGCCUAAAUCUGCAAGGUGAUUAAAAAUAAGGGUGGGACAUAUUAAACACAAGCUUCAGGUUCAAAUGAGCUAGCUUUGAAAAUGGUCUUCUAGUAAUUUAACUAGGUACCCAAGUAAGUUAUUCAGGUUUUUCUUCUCGCAAAAACUUCCCAUUCUGGAAUAAUGAUAAUUUCACAUUCAUGUUAAUACACAUUACUUUAUUUUCAUAUCAUAAUCAGAGUUACAUAUUGUAACAGAGUAGUAAUAAAAAAGACGAAUUAUAGAAAAGGAAAGCAAUUUAAAUAGAAUAUACUUUACAUUAAUACAUAAAUUUUACUUGAUUCAGUCAAUUUUUUACUUUGCGGUUAUCAGUCAAUUUUGUAAUUUAGAUUUGUAUCUCAGCCUACUUAACGUUUUUGAGAUUUUUGUAAAGUGAGGUUGAAUGGAUUCAACUCAUUUCGUGCCUCCUUCCACUUAUAAAUAUAAGUGAGGUGUAAGUCAAGUUUAUAUGAAAAUUUAGAUCUUAUUUGUGUUUGUUUAAUAUUUCGUUCAGUGUGAUUAUGAGUGAAUUUUACUUGAAGAUUUAUUUGGUUAUUUCGAGUUUUCUUUUUCAAUUGUAAGGUGUGAUUCACGUUUAAAUUCUAGCCUACUUGGUUAGCCUGGUUUCAAAAUAGUUUAACUUGCAACAAAAUUUAAAAUACGUUUUCUCAAAACUAGACUUCUUGUUGAAUUUAUUUUCCUAGAGAUGAAGAUUUAAAAGCUUAUUUUCAAAACGUUUCUUGUAUAAAACUAUUGUACAUUUUUAUAACUGAUCAAAUAUUUAUUGGUCUAGUGUACAUUAGUGCAUUCUAAUGUACAUUAGUGUCAUUCUAAACUGUACGUCGGUGUAAUUUUAGGAUACAUAGCUGCCUAUUGUUUUCAUCUCUUUCAUCUCAACAUUAUUUUUAGGGACUAAACUGAGAAAGGAAUCAGCUGUUUUCGGUAACACAGCAACAUGGCGUAUUAGGUUCUAACGGGAGAUAAGACUGAUAUUUAGACUCGUUAGACACUAUUAUAUAAUUUUUUAAAUUAGAAUUGAGAGUUAAUAUCAAAAAUGUACCGUACUGAAUAAAUACUAUCGAAGAAGAA